GUAGAGAAGUCUCACUCUUUGCGAUUACUAGGUCUUGGUGCCGACGAAGUGGAACAGCCGGAUUAUCGGAAGGUGCUGCAGCUUGCGAACGCGUUCACGGCAGAAAAAUCGAAGAUUCGUGCUUUGAUGUGGAAUCUGGAUGAUGCGUAUUUUCCUGAAACGGUGCCCACUUCUCUUUCAGAUGAAGAAGAAAAUGCGAUCUGCGUCGAUGUUCUGAACAAAGCUUGGGAAGAAGAGGACAAGUUGCAAGAACGCAAAUCCACACACUUUGCCACGACGGGUCAAUUUGUAUCGCCUGGUCUGUCGGGGCGCUUUGCUGAAGCACAGAAGAGACGGCAGCAAGAUCGGGAGGAUUACAGAGCGCAGGGGGCGCUAGAGAACUUGCAGACAUGUCAGCAGGUUCUCUAUGACUUGACGCUGAACAGUCUUGCCCCUUUACAACUGGAAGAAGAGGGUCGCAG